UAAACACUCUCAUCCAUGGCCGAUCCUUCCACCAAUUUGCCCCUAAAAGACCAGUCACCCACCAUCCCAACUACCCAAACUCCACUCUCCGUUGUCCCGCCGCAACUACCAAUCCACGACGGCGUACCAACCAUUCAUACGCCAAGUCAUGUUCCAUCUCCUCCUGGCUCCCGAAGGCAUUCGAGCUAUCGGGGAAUACGAUGCAGGGGCGGGAAAUGGGUAUCCGAGAUACGUGAGCCGCGUAAAACCACGCGUAUAUGGCUCGGAACGUACCCCACACCUGAAAUGGCAGCAACCGCGUAUGAUGUGGCCGCUAUUGCCCUCAAAGGUCCCGACACCGACCUAAACUUCCCGGACAUGAUUCUUUCUUACCCCAAAGUGUCCUCUACAUCCGCCACCGAUAUCCGGGCGGCUGCUGCUAGUGCCGCCGCUUCCAGGCUAACCAAGCCAGACACAGAGGCGUUACAGGGCGAGGGAAACCUUGAAAACGAGGGGUCAAGCAGUUGCAUGGAGUCCGGUUCAGGUCUGGAAUAUAUUGACGAGGAGGAGCUUUUAAACUUCCCCAAUUUGAUGGUGGAUAUGGCAGGAGGAAUGCUGGUAACCCCUCCCAGGAUAAACUCGCCACCCUCCGAUGAUUCGCCGGAGAAUUCAGAUAUAGAAAGCCUAUGGACUUACCCUUAAAAGUGUGUGUGGAAGGUUCGAAGAAUGUGAUUGAGAAGUAGAUGAAGAAGGUAUAUUUUAUCUGCCCCUUUUUGUUUUUUUUUAAAACUCAUUCGGGUGUUUCGAGUGAUUAUGAUCUGUUGGCAUUCACUGUAUAUAUUUCAGAGUGAUUGAUAGUUAAGCUUGCUUUCCAAUA